UCAAAUUGACGUUUGGAAGUGAGGCAAAGAAGUGAAUUAAUUAAAUUAGAGUUAUGAUUUAAUUAUUGUACUUUCCGUCGAUGGAAGUGAUAAUCUGCCCUCCUCGAAUUUAGUUCCUAAUCAUUUGAGAUUUUGUUAUAUUGAUCGCUGUAUACCAGAAAUGUAUUGAUAAACUAUUGUGUUAAAAGUAACGCUUCUUCCGUGAGCAUUUAAAAAAUGACGAUGCAAAAGAAAAGAACCACAAACUUUCGUGAAGAUGAAACGAAGCUUCUGAUUCAGUUAUGGGGUAGCCCGUCUAUUCAGACCCAGAUGAGUGCCUGUCACAGGAAAGCGCCAAUAAUGAUUCAGCUUGCGUCAAUGAUGCAGCAGUAUGGUUUUUAUCGGACUCCAGAGGAGAUUACGACAAGAAUCAGAAAUUUGAAGUGUAUAUAUCACAGGAUAAAGAAGACUCUUAGCACUGGCCUAAUUACUGAUCCUGACUGGCAUCAUUUUAAAGCCAUGGAUGCUAUUCUUGGUGAUGGAAUGACAGCCCACAGAUAUAGUAUAGGCAUGAAUGGUUUUCCAAGAAAAGAGAUAAAGAAGGAAGUAGUUGACGUGGAAGAUAUUAUAAACUCGAAGUACAGUAACGACAGUCACAGUUCAGGCUGUGAUGAUGAUGAUGAUGGAGACACUGUCGGAAAUUAUAUAGCCUCAUCACCAAUGCAAGGCCUGACUAUCACAUCAUCAACACCAGUCAUUGCAGGACCAUCAUCGACCAGCAGGGUUAGUAGUUCAGCUGCUUUACACAAGGCAAAAUAUGGAGAUGACGAUGAACCAACGGCUGGUAGUGAAGAGCCCAAACGGCAGCGGCUUCAACGACCCACCGUUGGGAGAUCAAGACACAGAGAGGAUUCACUACCAAAUAGUCCAGACACAAGACCACAGCAAGAGCAAUCUGAAGUAACAAGUCUUCUUCAGCAGUUGUUGGAUGUUGAGAGAGAACAUUUGGAGAUAGAAAAGCAACGCCUUGAAUUCGAUAGGAAGGUCGGAUGUCAGCUCAUGGCACUUAUUCCAAUAGUGGGAAGUGUACUCCAGAAUCAGUUCCUUCUUCAACAACAGCAGCAACAACACCAUCACAAUCACCAGCAGCAACAACAACAACAACAAGAACAACAACAGCAACACCAGCAGCAGCAACAUGAAGGUCAAGAUACUGCAGAAUCUCCAGAAAACAAUAGCGAAAGAGAUUCAGAUCAGAAUUCCUGUGAUGAAGGCACUCAAAAUAAUGAGGUUCGUUCCUUGAGAGAGGAACUGUCAGCUGAUUUGGGCUGUGGAAUACUUCAGUCAUUCACUAAUUUUGGGUCCUAAUUCUCCAUAAUUUUUAGUGAAUAUUGUAAACUGUAUGUUAGAACAGGAUUUCUUUUUGUAACAAUUAUAGUACAAAGCAUCUGAUGGAAUUUAGAGGUACAAAUGUUUUUCUUUUUCAAAACUGAUAAAGGAAUAUCUUAAUUGAAACGUGACAUUGCUUUUAAUAUGUAUUUUGUAGUGUGAUAUUCAUAACAUAACACAUUCACUUAGUGAGAAAUGAGAUAUGUAAUUUUAACUAUGUAUUGCAUAUUAUUGUAGCAGUAUUUGGUACAUCUUUACAGCACAGUGACCAGUUAUUUAUGUCAAUUUUCUCUUGCAUGAUAUUCUGUGUAUUUAUGUAACAGUGAAGUUACAUGCAAUAUUUUUGCCUUAUAUUUAGAUGAAGAUUAAUUUGAUGACAAGUUAAGGAUAUUUUAGAUUAGUUUGGUUUAGGUUAGAUUUGUGUUAGAUCUUGUAAGCUGUAAUGCUGAAAUACACAGGAUAAUGGAUUGUGGUAAUCCAUCAUCUAACCCUGCCCACUUUCUCUUAUUGGUUAUUUUACUGUACAGUCGGUAUGUACAUUAUAUAGCACUGAAUGAUACGGUAAUUGAUGAAUUUUAAAUCAUUUGAAACGAAGUGGUCAGUAUCCCAGAAUUUGCCUGAAGCUACAGGAAAACCAUAAAGGAAACUCAGUUAAGAUAUCCAUUAUCCUGUCUGAAAUUCAAACCUAGCAGCUCCCAAAGGCAAUUUUUGGCAUUGCAGCUGUGUCAACCUGCUUGGUCCUGUCCGCUGUUCUUGCCAGUGGCCAAUACUUGGAGAGAAUACUACAAACCAUCUAACGUGUUCCACUGUUUCCUCAGCAUUCCAUGCUGGGAGUGCCAAGAGCACAGUGUGCAUCUGUCAAAGAUGAAUCUAAGGUGUUACUACUGCACCAACACACUUGGUUGUGCCAACUUGCCACCCAUCAGCCUACACCAGGACAGGUCAUCACUGACUGUCUAACUUGGCCCACUGUUCCCUUAAUAUCUUCUUCUGGGAGAACUGAAAGCAGGCUGCAUUAUUCAUCAUAUCAUCUGCAGGUGAUGGCGACAGGACAGUUUCUAAAAUGUUGGAUCCUAACUCCACCUUCACAUGGUUGAACAUCCCAGAAGACUCAGUCAUGUAACUAGAGCAUCAAUCCAGCAACAAG